AUGGCCUCCGUUCCGGCAGCAGCCGAAGCGCCGGACAGCGCGGCACCGGACGUGGCGCCGGUGUUCAGCGCGACCGACUCCGACCAAGCGCGGCACUUCGUGCAUCUCCGGGUCUUGACGCUCAGUGGCGAGGAGGUGGUGCCCUUGGCUCGCUAUGAAGGGUACCAGUUGCUCUUGGAUCUCAAGCGCGAGAUUGCCACGCGCACGGGUCACCCAGUUGCGCUCCAGCUGUUGAUGCUCAGCUCAGGGACGGUGCUUGAGGGUGACCGAAGGAGAUUCCAGACCCUGGGCCUGGAGGGUGAAGUCUCGCUGAACUUGAUCAUUCGGAGUCCGGCGAUUGACAGCUUGAAAGAACGUUUUCGAGCCAAUGGGAGCGCAGAUGGCAAUGAUUUCCAGGAGAUCAUCCUGACGUGCGCGACUGCCCGCGAACUCUUUCUCAAAGCGCCACCCCUCUUAGAGCUGGAGCCGCCGGUGGUCCUGGCAGCCAAUCUGCUGGGACAUUUGGAGCAGCUGAAUCACAUUCUUCAAAGCUCAGGGGAACCACCCGAGACGCAGUACCUCUUCCUGGGGAAUCAGGUGCAUGGAUCGUGCAGGGUGUUCGGACGCGGUCGCCGGACGCCGGAUCGAAUGCAUUUGCUGCGCGGGAAGCAGGAUUGUGCCACUCUGUCGCGGCUCUACGGCUUCUAUGCUGAGUGCAAGCAAAAGCUGAACGUGAAAGCCUGGAAAGCCUUCAUGAACGUCUUCAACGUGAUGCCCUUGGCCGCCCGAAUCGCUCAGAAGAUCUUCUGUGUCCACUCCGGUUUGUCCCCGCACUUGGAUCACCUGGAACAGCUCCGAGAUCUGGAGAGACCUACAGAUGUGCCGUCUGAUGGCCUGCUUUGUGAUCUCCUGUGGUCUUCUUUCGAGGAAACGGAGGAGGGCUGGGGCACCAAAGAUGAGCAGCUCUCCAUCACGACCGUCACAUUUGGGUCAAAGGUUCUUGAGACGUUUCUGACGCGCAACCACUUAGAGAUGAUGAUUUGUUCGCAGGGCGUCCCCGAGGAGGGCUACGAGUGGCUCAAAGGUGGCCAACUCCUGUCCAUCUUCAGCGCCUCGAGAUCCGUGCAGGACUUUCAAAACAAGGGCGCUAUCUUCAAGCUGAAUGAAGACUUGCAACACGAGGUCUCUGCGGACUACGCCCAGGGUCAGCACCAGGAGAGCUCCGUGCUUCUGCGAAGCCAGUCACGGCGCCUGGUCGCGCGGCUAGGCGGCGUGGAGCUGCUCAUGAAGGCCAUGCAGCGCUUCACGCGGAAUGAGCCGCUGCAGCGGAGCUGCUGCGCGGCCCUGGGGCAGUUGGCCAACGAGGUCAAGGAGGUCGAUGUGGAGCAGAAAGUGGUGCAAUUGCUGAUGCAGGCGCUUCGCGCUCCUCCCCGCGCGGCUGGAGGGACGGAGGCCUCCAGCUGCGCGCGCUACGGGGCGCAGGCGCUGAGGCACUUUGCCACGCAUGGGGAGACAAAGAGCUUCAUCGCGCGGCUUGGUGGCAUCGAAGAGCUGCACGACUUGGCGCUGCGAGGCCUUCAGGCACCCAGCACCAACCAGCAGCUGCGGGCAGCUGCCACUGAGGCCUUGGGCGCCCUGUGUCACUUGGCCUCGAAGCAUCCGGAGAACAAGCUCCGCAUCUUCGAAGCUGGCUGCCUGGAGUUGGCGUUCCAAGCACUUGGUUCUUCCACCACGGCGCCAGCGGAGACGGCAGAAGGUGUCGAGGCGUCCGAGGCGACGGAAGUGCCGGAGCCGGAGCUGGCCAUGGCCGCCUGUGGCUUGUUACACAACAUGUCAGUGGAUGCCGCCAUCCGGAGCCAUGUGGUGAAGCUGGGCGGCCGCGCCGCGGCGGAGCGCUUGGCGGCCUCGCACCCGGAGGGCGCCGUGCGGAACUUGGCGAUGCUGCUCUCCAAGACCCUGAAGCCCCGGGAGGAGGCCGCCGGCGAUCCCUUCGGCGCCCUCUUCGCCCAGCGCACGCCGGGCCUGGCGGCGCCGCGGCGCGUGGCCUCCAAGCGCGAGCGGAAGAUCGCCUCGGAGGUCAAGGCCGCAUACGCCCAAGCAGAAGAGCCGCGCUAG